AAUGGGCUCUGGGGAGCUCAUGAAUAUGGAUGAGGCCGGGGCCGCGGCCCUUGUCAUGCGGGGCUGGCGGGAAGCGGCGCGCGGGCGACAACAUGGCGACCGCCAUGUACCUGGAGCACUACCUGGACAGUAUCGAGAACCUGCCCUGUGAACUCCAGAGGAACUUCCAGCUGAUGCGAGAGCUGGACCAGCGGACAGAAGAUAAGAAAGCAGAAAUUGACCGUCUUGCAGCAGAAUACAUUGAGUCGGUGAGGAAUAUGCUGCCUGAGGAGCGAGUGGAACACCUGAAGAAAAUCCAGAGCGCCUACAGCAAAUGUAAAGAGUACAGCGAUGACAAAGUGCAGCUGGCCAUGCAGACCUACGAGAUGGUGGAUAAGCACAUCCGCCGGCUGGAUGCAGACUUGGCGCGGUUUGAAGCAGAUCUGAAAGAUAAACUGGAAGGCAGUGACUUUGAAAACCCUGGAUCUCGAAGCCUGAAAAAGGGACGAAGUCAGAAAGACAAGAAAGGCUCUCGUGGUCGAGGCAGGCGAGCAUCUGAAGAAGAUACACCAAAGAAAAAGAAACUCAAAGGAGGGUCGGAGUUUGCCGAUACCAUCCUGUCGGUGCAUCCCUCGGAUGUCCUGGACAUGCCAGUGGACCCCAACGAACCUACCUACUGCCUGUGUCACCAAGUGUCCUACGGAGAGAUGAUCGGCUGUGACAACCCAGAUUGCCCGAUCGAAUGGUUCCACUUCGCUUGCGUGGACCUCACCACCAAACCAAAAGGGAAAUGGUUUUGUCCUCGUUGCGUUCAGGAGAGAAAGAAAAAGAAGUAAGGAGCAGAGGGGGAAUGCGUCCUCUGAGGCAAGAAGAGUUUAAUAUAUUCCUUCCUUCGUGUUGCAAUAUUAUCUUUGAUUUUGUUUUUUUCACCUACCCUCCCCCUUUCUCUGGUUUGAUAUUUAAUUGUCCGGUGGCCAGUUGUGAUUCCUGUUCUUUCAGAAGAAAAUGACUUUGGGAGGGAGGGGAUUUGCCGCAGGGAUUUUAUUUAUGUCACUCUUGCACAGCACUGAAGUCGGUGUCACUCUGAAGUGCCGGGGCAGCCGGUACCUGUAGUCUCUGCUAGUUCAGGGGAGGCUGUGAAACCAUGAAAGGCGCUGCAGGAGAGGGAAAUUCCUGUCUCUUCAACACGGUGCAUCGCCCACAUGGAAGUUGUUAAAACCUGGAGCUCACCGUGGUAGAGAAGGACAAAUUCUCUCCCGUUGUUGAGGUGUGAAGCCCACUUUCUGUGCACAGGAAGGAACAGGAAGGCUGGUGAACUCUUCCCAGUGUCCGUUUCCUCGAAGCCAAGCACCGUGCUCCGUGUCGGCAGGGCAGGGCGGCAGAGAGGUGUAAUAACGUCCUUUUCCUGGGGGAUUUCUUCUGGCUGCCUUUCCCUGCCUUUAUCAUUCUUGAUCCUGCCUUCAUGGAAGCAACAAGCCUUUUAGCUCCUUACCUCCUUCUGGAAAAGGCUCGUCUCUUUGGGGAGAAAACCUUUGAGCAGCAAAGGAGUUGUCCCGCAGCGUUCCUUGGGGCCGGUAACAUCGAGAGAGGGUGUUGUCUUUCCUGGCUGUUCCCAUUUCUCUGAAGAUCCUUUAAAUUUGUGACUGUGAAGAUGAAAUGGACAGUAUUCUACGGAGAGCAGGUCCAAUUUAGUCAUGAAAGAAGACAAAGGCUUGUUUUUUGUGUGUGCCUGUGUUGGGCCUGGGUAAACCAGGAGAGCGGGAUUGAGGGGAACGCUCAAAGGGCGAUGUGUGCUCCUGCGCUCCAGCGCUGGUCCAGGUGGUGACUUGGUUUGGUGUGAAUGGCACUGGCUCUGAUCGCUGCCAUCCUCUCUGUUCAGUGGGAAUGUGUUAAAGUCACUUCUUAUCUUUUCUUAGUGAGGGCAUGUUUGCGUGUUCCUGACUUCCUUAUGCUGCCUUUCCGAUCAUGAAUGUGAACCUUGCUGGCAUCACAGUGUCAGUGGCUGCAGGGAAGGAAGAGAAGGAAAUCAAGAGUAGGAAAACAAAGUCCUUCUGAUUCCUUUCCUUUCUCUGAGUUAUAGUGGAUGCAGAAGUUGAGGGAAGAGCAGAGGUAACUGCUGUGUUCUUAUCUCUCUUGUGGUACUGGGCUUACCCGCCUACGGUAGAGGAUGUUGUGGGGAAAGGGGGUUCUGCUGGUGGAAGGAAAACAUAAAAAGCCCCAAUGCACCCCUCCCGCCGCAGUGGGGACCUGGGUUCCUGACCUCUGUUCGAGGGCUGCUCUGUGCAGGGCUGUGCGCUGCUUUGCGUGCCAUUGGGCAGGAGCUCUUGGUACAGCCUGCAGGAAAGGCAGGAGAAACUUCCAGAUAAGCUUUUGUUCUGCUGUGAAAAGAAUCUGGAUAAACAGUGCAGAAGGAAGAAAACAAUUCCAUUCAAGUUUUGGCAUCUAUUUCCAAAAUAAAAAAGGUCUGUUUUUCCCUGUCACACUGACAUGAAAGAAAGCAGAACACAACUCUUGCUGAUUUUCCUUCCCUGCUGACCACGUUGGUGCUGCAGGUGUGUUCAGACAGAGGAGAAACCUGGAUACUGAGAGAGCGUUGCUGUGAACACUCGAAUUUAUUGCCUCUGCUAUGGAAGGCCCCUGUCUGCAGUGGCCUUUCCCUUGAGGUGGGAUGUUAGACAUCUCUUUCCUACCAUGCAUCGAUCCACGUGGAGUUUCCAUAGCCGUAACAGCACCUGCAGGGACACCCACAAGUCCAAGGCGAAUUGCUGGGAGCAGGCGGAGGAAAAGCAGAGCUGAACGAGCCUGAACUUGGAAAUGCAGCUAGCCCUCCUCUCUCUGUGGGAGUAGAUGCCAUUGAGGUGGUUCACAAGCCCUGUGCCCCUCUCUCUGCCUGGGCUGGGCUGACUUAGGAGCAUCUCUGUCUCUGGAAGCUGGUUCAGGAUUUGUGUCCCCUUCCAUCCAAUAGUCUUCUGUAUGGCUUUUUUAUUUCUUUUCCCCUGAGGCUUUAUUAGCAGUGGUGUCCCUGUAGAUAAAGCAUUUGGUUUGGAACAGUCUGUCACAGUGCCCCUCUCCGGAUGUCUCGCUGGGACUGUGCCCUUAUGGAAGCGCCAGCUACAAAUGAGUGUGUGAAUGUGCUCAGGUAGGAAAGCAGAGAGCGUUUGUUACCUGGGGCUUCCCAGGGCUCCGGAGAGCGGACACUGCCCGUUCUGCCAAGUCCUGCACUUGGGACUCAACAGCCCUGUGCAGCUCCAGGCUUGAGGGAGGGCGGCUGGAAAGCUGCCUGGUGGAAAAGGACCUGGGCGUGUUGGUUAACAGCGGCUGAGCCAGCAGUGGCCCAGGUGGCCAAGAAGGCCAAGAGCAUCCUGGCUUGGAUCAGCCAGCGUGUGGCCAGCAGGAGCAGGGAAGGGAUUGAGGGGUCUGAGAGGUGGCUGAGGGCCCUGGGGCUGUUUAGCCUGGAGAAGAGGAGACUGAGGGGAAACCUCAUCACUGUCUGUAACUGCCCGAAAGGAGGGUGUGGUGACGUGGGUGCUGGGCUCUGCUCCCAAGGGACAGGCGAUGGGAUGAGAGGAAAUGGCUUCAAGUUGUGCCAGAGGAGGUUUAGAUUGGGUAUUGGGAAAAUAUUCUUCACUGAAAGGGUUCUGGGGCCCUGGCAGAGGCUGUGCAGGAGGUGGUGGAGUCCCCAUGCCUGGAGGGGUUUAACAGACGGGUGGAUGAGGUGCUCAGGGAUUCAGGUAAAUAGUGGACAGGGACAGUUGGACUUCUCAAAGGUCUUUUCCAACCAAGAGAUUCUACGAUUCUAACCAGCAAAGCCCAAAGCUAAACAAGCUCUGGAAGCCCACCCCGGCCCGCAGGAAGGGAGAUGCUUCACCGAGCUGCAGCCUCUGAGCUCAGACACCAGCAAUAAAGAACCUGUCCCACACAGAAUGGGCCAGCGUGCGGCUCCGGCCGCCUCACCAGCAGCUUUAAAGACUCCCAAAACUCCUUACACACGGGAAUACCGGUAGCCUUCAUUUCUGCUUCCGAAAGGAUUUUAAUCUUCCUUCUGAAUUGUGAAUGUAGAGUUCAAUGCUCUUUCCCAGGGAAGGGCGAACACAGCAUGGCUGGAAUGUUGCAGCGUGCCAGCUGGAACGCUGGGAACCAUGCGGGUUCAGCUUCAUUGCAGCUCGUCCCAACUGGAGGGGAAGCGACCUCAACCCCAUUGUGCUGUUUUCUAAGGGAAUUGGAUCUCUGUUCCCUUUGGAGAUUGAAGAGAAAAUGCAUUAUAUUAAAAAAAAACAAUGAAUGUAAAGUAAAUCUGUAUAGCUGUAUUUUUGGAUCACGUUGCAGACAACAGAGAUAUUCUUAUAAAUAAAGUAUUUUUGGGAGCAAAGCGGUGCAGAG